AUGAAAUAAGGUUCCAAAAAACCCAAAACCUCAUAUCAUAAGUUGUCUUCCGACAUCAAACAGACCCUAAUUCACUUGAUUUGUCGCAAAGGCUUCAAAAUAAAACACGCAGCCUCCCAACUGAAUAUCAAGUAUUCAGCUGCAAAAUCCAUUUUCCUUUACCACCGAAAUAAUAUGAUCAAAAAUUCAUAAGGCAUCGAUUCGACAAAAAGAUGUUUGUACAGAACCAUAACCAAGGAAAGUGUAAGUUUUCGAGUAGUCACAAAAAUCGCUGGCGAAUUCGUGAAUUCAAAAACCUUACACCCCAAACCAACUCAGACUUCGAUAUGA